UCGCAGUGCAUUGUGGGUUGGUGUCUUCCAAAAUGGCGUUUCGUCCGGCUCUUCGCAGRUUUGUUACCAGUAUAGAACAACUUGGUAUUCGUCAUGCUAGUGAUAACAUGUACAAUAGCACAAGAAAACAUUUAAUGAUUGGUAAAGAUACUAGAGUAAUAUGUCAAGGCUUUACUGGGAAACAGGGUACCUUCCAUAGUCAACAGUCSAUUGAAUAUGGUACUAACAUGGUUGGYGGAGUYUCACCAGGAAAAGGAGGAAAAACUCACCUUGGGCUUCCUGUCUUUGAUUCUGUUCAAGAUGCUGUUAGUGAAACUGGUGCUAAUGCCAGCGUGAUCUAUGUACCACCACCCUUUGCUGCUGAUGCUAUUCAUGAAGCUAUUGAYGCAGAAAUCGGUCUUAUUGUUUGUAUUACUGAGGGAAUUCCACAACAGGACAUGGUGAAAAUUAAACACAGACUAUUGAGACAAGGAAAGACUCGCAUGAUUGGACCAAAUUGCCCUGGAAUUAUCAAGCCUGGUAGUUGCAAGAUUGGUAUUAUGCCUGGACAUAUUCAUCAACCAGGARUUAUUGGAAUUGUGUCCAGAUCAGGAACCCUGACAUAUGAAGCUGUGCAUCAAACAACUUUAGCUGGACUUGGACAGUCACUUUGUGUAGGAAUUGGUGGAGAUCCUUUCAAUGGUACCAACUUUGUAGACUGCCUGGAGGUUUUCCUAAAUGAUCCAGGAACUAAAGGAAUUGUGUUGAUUGGUGAAAUUGGAGGUGGAGCUGAAGAAAGAGCWGCAGAGUACUUACAGGAACACAACCAAGGGGACAAUGCUAAGCCAGUUGUAUCAUUUAUAGCUGGUGUGACAGCCCCACCAGGACGRAGAAUGGGACAUGCUGGCGCAAUCAUUGCUGGUGGAAGAGGAGGAGCUGAACAUAAAAUUCAAGCUUUAAAAGAUGCAGGUGUUGAAGUCACUWUGUCACCAGCCCAGAUGGGUGGUUUGAUGAAGAAGAUCUUUGAUGAACACUACCUUGGUGACGAACAUUAAAAGAAGAAUAGUUUAUGGAUGAUAUGUCUACUGUCUGAUCCUAUGGUUUAAUGAUAUGUUAACGCCGUGCGAAAAUACGAGAAAUGGGCGUUGCUUUAAAGCUCAUAUUUUAUGAGUAGAAAUCUACAUGUGGGCUGUACAGAAUUAACACUUGUGUAUUUUUAAAAAAGUGAAUAAAAUUAAUUUACAUUUGA